AGCAAAAUUAGCAUUAUUUUUUAAAGCUGUAUAUAUCAUUUCCAUUUUUUUAAAAGUUAAUUACAAUGGGAUUGAAUUUGAUCCAUACCCGAAAAUUAAAAUUCCAGCACCGAGAUCCAAACCCGUUAACAUCAUCAUCAUCUUCUUCCUCUCUCUGAUUGAUUUCUCCUCCCAUAUCUGAUUUUAUUCAAACCCUAGAUCCAUAAAGAAUCUAAUUUUCCAGACAAUUAAUGCCCCAAAUCCCCGCAUUGCCAAAUCCUGAUUCCGCCAGAUUGAUCAACCUCUUUGCCGCUACUAUUCCUCUAGCCUCCGCCAGAUACAGUCUGGUAGCCGCCGAAUCUGUUUUUCAAUUUAGACUUUAGAGUCGUACGUUCGAAAGCCGAUGAUGGAUUCAAUGGAAUGAGGAAGUUAAGGGGUUACAUAGUGAGUACUAGAUAUUCAACAUGUAUAAUAAUGUGGGCGCUCAGCCUGGGGGUCAACAGCCUCCCUUCCCACCCCAAGCUAGUCCAUUUGGAAAUGCAUUCUCUGGGGCCAGUUCCGGGUUGAUUCGUAGUGGAUUGAGUGCAUAUGGAGAGAAGAUAUUCGGUUCAAGCUCUGAGUAUGUGCAAAGCAAUAUAAGUAGAUAUUUUGCUGACCCGCAAUAUUACUUCCAAGUGAAUGACGACUAUGUGAGGAACAAGUUGAAGGUUGUUCUGUUUCCUUUUCUGCAUAGGGGUCACUGGACGAGGAUAACUGAACCAAUGGCCGGAAAAAUCUCCUACAAACCCCCAAUUUAUGAUAUUAACGCACCAGAUCUUUACAUUCCUAUGAUGGCAUUUCUUUCCUACGUUGUGCUUGCAGGAUUUUCCCUUGGGCUGAAUGGAAAGUUUCACCCAGAGACAGUAAACUGGAUGCUCGUGAAAGGAUUGGUAGGCUGGGGAUUCCAGGUUCUGCUGUUGAAAGUGUCAUUAAUGUCACUGAGUAGUGGAGAAACACCAUUGUUGGACAUUGUUGCAUACGCUGGCUAUGCAUUUACCGGCAUUUCUUUGGCUCUCUUUGGUAAACUGUUGUGGAGACACUCGUAUUAUAUCGUGUUACUUUCAAGUUGCCUUUGUUUGGGAAUCUUCUUGGUGAAGACGAUGAAGAGAGUUUUGUAUGCUGAAGUGAGAAGCUAUGACUCAGGCAAGCAUCAUGUACUCUUGCUGUUGAUUGCGUUGGCUCAGUUUCCACUCUACUUGUGGCUCGGAAACAUCACCGUCAACUGGCUGCUUUAGCCUUAGAAAGUUGUAUUUGUUUUUUUGUAUAGGCAUGUCUAGGUCAUUUUGGUGUGAUCUCGAUUUUCGCUCACUCUACAGGAUGAAAUAGGAGAAAUUUACUAUUUAUAGGAUUUUCACAUACAUUAUAAUAUAAUGUUUGGUAUAUCAUCAAUAAGUUUUGAUAAUCCAGGACUAGAUUUGGUUUUUAUUUGCUGUUCAAUUUUUGAACAUGUGAGCUCCUGAAGGACAUUAUGUUGAUUGCAAUCGACAUGGCUCUUGCCUAAUUUUUUUGUUGUACGUUA